AUGCCGCCGACCUGUUCCUCACUUCUGGGAGGCGGUGCGGCGGAGAAGGUUGCGAGUUCCCGGACUCAGGGCAGGGACAUGGGGCAGGCAGUGACGCGCCGCCUCAGAGCUGGAGCCCGCGCAGCACCCCGCAAGGCGAUGGACAGCCAACCCCCCUGUGCUCAGGACGCCCCCGCGAGAAAGCAUAUUAGUGGGUCUUGGAGGAAACCAAAAGCCAAGGCACCACUUCCUCCAGCGGAGAUCAAAUACAUGGAUGCCUCUUCAGUUGAGAAUUCAGUGGAAUCUGCUGCAUUCAUCAUGGAGCAGAAAGAAAACAUGAUAGAUAAAGACAUUGAACUCUCCGUGGUUCUACCUGGGGAUAUCAUCAAAUCUACUACUGUUCAUGGCAGCAAACCAAUGAUGGACUUGCUGAUAUUUCUCUGUGCCCAGUAUCAUUUAAAUCCAUCAAGCUACACCAUCGAUCUGCUGUCUGCUGAAAAGAAUCACAUUAAAUUUAAGCCAAACACACCAAUAGGAAUGUUGGAGGUAGAGAAGGUAAUUUUAAAGCCAAAAAUUUUGGACAAGAAAAAACCUACACCGAUAAUACCCGAGAAAACUGUGAGAGUAGUGAUCAAUUUCAAGAAAACACAGAAGGCCAUAGUGAGAGUCAGUCCACAUGCUCCCCUUCAGGAACUGGCUCCUGUCAUAUGUAGCAAGUGUGAGUUUGACCCACUGCACACACUGCUGAUGAAAGACUACCAGUCCCAGGAGCCCCUCGACUUGACAAAAUCUCUCAAUGACCUGGGACUGCGGGAGUUAUAUGCCAUGGAUAUCAGCAGAGCCACUUCUGUUACUGCCUUCAAUAAGUCAUCUCUACAAGUGAGGAGCCAACAGGAUAGACUUGUUAUGGAUGAUGAGAGAGGAGAUGACAGCAAACAGAAGGAUGACUUGCUUUUUGCUGAGAUAAAGACCAUGAGAAGUAUAGAAAUUGGGGUAGAAGGAAGAGAAGGAAUGACUGCCAAGAUUUCAGUUUUAGACAGUCCCUGUGAAGCAGGCAUGGUGAGAACAGACUCACUGCAGCUCAGUAGCUCCUCCAUCGGGACUUCAUCUUUGAGGAGAACAAAGCGAAAAGCACCUUCCCCACCCUCCAAAGCAGCCCAGAGUUCCAGUGAUGGAAAUGGCCAAGUGACUGCCCUGCAGUUAGUAGAUGGGAUUCCUCCAGACAGUGCUUUGGAAACAAGCUCCCCUGAGGGGCCAUCCAGCCCAGAAGCCUACCUGGGCCCUGGGCUCCUCAGUCAUGAACAGAGCACGGUUCCCAAACUGACAGAUGAAGCCUCUCUCUCUGAGGGCCCUGGAACGCCUGAGGCAGCCAUAGCAUCAUUGACAUCUGGAAUAAGCUCUGAUUAUAGCCUGGAAGAAAUAGAAGAAAAGGAAGAACUGAGUGAAGGGCCUAAAGAUGAGGUGGAAAAUAUUUCUCUGAAGUCACCAGACAUUCCUUUUGCAUCUACUGAUAUAACAAAUACACUGAAAAAUGAUUCUGACUCAGCCCUUGGCAUCAAUAGCCGAGAGGCCUCUCCAAACUCCAAGGAAGAAAACCAAGAAACUAGAAACACAGAUGGACCAGAGUCACACAGUACUGUGUAUGAUACAAGCAAUGAAGAUAUGAUAGCCCGCAGUGUAAGAAAUUUGAAGUCCGAUUUGGGCCCAAGCGAAGAGAAUGUAGUUCAGAAUGAAAUCAUUGUCCUUACAACAAAUACAGAAGAUACUAUGAAAAAUAGAAUGAGAACAGAAAUCAAUGUAGAAGGGGAAGCAAAAAAUAAGGAUGCAGUCAUGGAAGUUGACAGACAGUCAAGAUAUCAAGCACAUAAAACUGUUAAUGUUGUAACUUCCAAGGAAAAUCAUCUAGCAGCAGCAUCAGUACCAGACCACAAACUGAAUCAGCUUGGUGCAGAAAAGAUGAAAAUGCAAGAUGCGGCAAUUCAGACAAUCCCUUCCAGCAACAGUUCUGAGGGGAAUCACCAAGAUCAUAAUUUGUCUGCUUUCAAAGUUGAUGAAAGUGUGCAAACUUCAAAUAACAAACCAACUCAACACCUAUCUUUGAAUCUACAAAAUUCUGUAAUUACCUCAAGAGAAUUGAGGAUUCAGAGCACCCCAGUCGUAUAUUCAGAAGACAGACUUGCCAUAAAAGAUCCAGCUUGUGCACAAAGCAAUGAUGAUCUUUUGUCUCCUGUAGAUGGAAUUGAUAAAUAUUCAUCUGCUUCUUACCUAAAGAAUCUGCCACUUUAUAGACAAGACUAUAAUCCCAAGCCAAAACCUUCCAAUGAAAUUACAAGAGAGUAUAUACCCAAAAUUGGAAUGACUACUUACAAAAUAGUACCUCCCAAAUCCCUGGAUAUACUGAAAGACUGGGAAUCAGAAACCAUAGGGUAUAAAGAUGAUCAAAAGAUUCAUACUUCAGGGAAUGUGAAGGAGGUUGCCCUGCAAACACAAGACCUUGUUACUUCUGAAGGCCCAGGGGAGCUACAGCUAGACCCUAAACCAAAGCCUAACUUGAGAACAGAGCAACAGUUGCACAGGGCUGUGAGCGCACCCGAUGGUGCUGUGACUAAUCCUCUGAAACCUCCCAGAAUGACUAGAGACACUGGCACAGCUCCUUUUGCGCCAAAUUUGGAAGAAAUAAACAAUAUUUUGGAAUCGAAAUUUAAAUCUCGGAUUUCAAAUCCCCAGGCCAAACCAAGUUCUUUUUUCUUGCAGAUGCAGAAGAGAGUAUCAGGUCAGUAUGUGACAUCUGCAGCUGCCAAGAAUGUCCAUACUGUCCCUAAUCCUGCCCCCAAGGAACUAACAAAAAAAGAGAUGGAAAGGGACACACUGCCUCAUUCAGAACAGACACUUCCUCCCUUAAGUAAAACUACUCACCCAGCUCCACAGCCCCAAAUUAAAAAGAUGGAGGAUGACAUCAUCAACCAGAAACCUGCUGAAACCUCUCCUCCUCCGGUAGCUCCCAAGCCUAUGCCUCUUCCCGCUAGUCAGGUAGCAGCAGUAAACCUGAAGACUUUGAAAACUUUUGGUGCCCCAAGACCAUACUCAAGUUCUGCUCCUUCGCCAUUUGCCCUUGCUGUUGUGAAGAGGUCACAGUCUUUCAGUAAGGCACGGCCCGAGUCACCCAGUGUGGGUGCAUCCACCCAACCUCCAGCUCACACAGAGGAUGGGAAGACUUGCUGUGUACACAGGUGUGCAGACAUCCCACAAAUUGAUAUGAUGGAUAAGCCAAAUAACUCUGCACAUAAUGAACAAAAUUCUCCAACACCAACUCCAGCUGACUGCCCAUCAUUCACCCUUAAGAGACAAAGUUCUUUAACAUUCCAAAGCCCUGACCCAGAACAGAUCCGACAGAGUUUACUGACUGCAAUCCGUUCUGGAGAGGCUGCUGCCAAAUUGAAAAGGGUUACUGUUCCACCAAAUACGAUAUCUGUGAAUGGGAGGUCGGGACUCAGCCAUUCCAUGUCCUCUGAUGCCCAGGAUGGCCAUUAAGUGUGGCCCCGCCACAGUGAACUUCACUGCUUCCACUUCACAGACCAGCUUCCUACCAACGGAGAAUGUUGGCAAAUGUAUAUUCAGAUGUACACUAAUAUAUUACCUAUUAAAGUGUAAGAAUUUGUGCUCUGGCUUUUCAUGCCAAAAGAAGAAUUAUUAGAAUUUAUAAUUUA